ACUUGACUCCCUUGUACAGCGGCACCGUCUUCCCCUCCCACUUGCGCUUCCUAGCCCUCUGCAUCCCGAAACCCGAGUACCUCCAGUCCGAUGGCCCCGAAGAAGCGCUGCCAGCUCAAAUCUGAUGACGAACUCGUAUGCAAGGCUGCAGCCUUGCGUUUCGCAGGAGAGUGCGCUCACUGCAAUCAGAACUUCUGCGGCGAUCACCGUUUGCCCGAGCACCACGAUUGUAAUAAGCUCGAAGAUUGCCGGCAGGCCGCAUUCCAACGAAACAAGGACAAGUUGGAGGCUGAGCGUACGGUUGCCAGCAAGAUGGCAGUAGCAUGAACUCGUGUGACUUGCCUUCUUUCUCCUUUUGCCCCCUUUCCAUUUUUCCAUGCACGACGUUUCUCCUCGAUCUCUCCUAUCUGCAUUUCCUUGCUUUCUCAAUUAUCCUCUUGGUCGCGAACUAUUAACCUAUCGGUACACCCAUGCCCCCCAUGUCUCCACUCGUUUUGUCUAGACAAAUACUGGCAUUAAUGUAUUCGUGUCGCAGAACCUGGACAUCGCCCGGGUUUGUGCACGAGAUUCUUCCCUUUAUAUGCAUGCUCCUGCUUUGGAAUCUGUUGUAUAGUUGUGCACUUCUUUCCGGUAGCCACGGGCCUCUCUUCAAUGUGA